GUGUUGCCUUCAGAAAAGCGGACAUUUGUGAAUCUAGACAUGGUUCAGGACGACACUGGACGGUUUCAGACUCUGAGCAGGUGGUCAGGGCGCUUACCCAAGGUCAGCUUUGGUCUCCUGCAGCUUUUAGUCUCUCUGACUUUCUUCCUGCUCCUGGUCAUUGUCUUGAUUAAAGUCUCCACGGUUCACCAGUCUGUGCAAAACCAGACUGAAGAGCUUCAGCAGAAAUGUAUCUUGAACGAGACAUCAGGCAUGGAAAAAGUUGAGGCUCCUCAGAAGCAGAUCCAGGCAAUAGCUCAUCCUGAGCUGGAUGUGCUCAGGCAGUAUCUGGCCUGGAUGAAUGUCACCUUGGAGAGGCUCUGCCGACCCUGCCCCUGGGACUGGGAGUUCUUCUUAGGCAGUUGCUACUGGUUCUCCAAGUCCCUGAACAAUUGGAAAUCUUCCAUGUCUGCCUGUGAGCUUCUGAAUGCCCAACUGGUGGUCAUCAACAGCGAGGCAGAGGAGAAAUUCCUCCAGUCUUGGGAAGCCCGGCACAAGAAGAGAACCUGGAUUGGCCUUAGUGAUCAUCAAAAUGAGGGGUCCUGGCGGUGGGUAGACAACACCCCCAUUGAACUCAGCUACUGGAAACAAGGAGAACCCAACAACGAUGAGGAUGAGGACUGCGUGGAAUUGUACAACGAUGGUUGGAAUGAUGACAAAUGUAAUCAAGAAAAGGUUUGGAUCUGUGAGAAGACAGCGGUGCCCUGCCCUGCAUUGUGAUGACUGCUGUCCCCACUCAGAGGCUGCCAUGGUCUCUGGAACGUGCUCCAUCCCGUGAAGCUUCCUCCUCCAGAACCUUGGAGACCCGAGAG